AUGGUGAAAGGUGCGGAAGCCUUCGAGGCCUUGGAUGGCUUUGCCAUUUUGCAUACCAUUCUCAAGUCUCCCUUAACAGAUACCACCAUGCUAAAAGAGUUCGUGUUUUUGUACAAUAUUAUUAUCAUUGAUGAUGAUGAGUUGUCCAUGGCGUUUGCUAAGGAUGGUACGUUAGAUGACUUGAUGUAUGUCUUAAAUAAGUUUACAAAGGAGGAAGAGGAUGAGGAUAUAGUAGAAAAAGCUUUGCGUACGAUUCAACCGUGA